AUGUCUAUAACAACUUGCCAGAAGGUUACUCUGAUAUCAUGCUCUGUUCUCUGUGUUUCUCUCUUCCUGCCCAGAAUGCUUUUACCCAGAGGAAAGAAGGAGAUGGGGCAGCCUGAGGUUGGGCCUGGGUUCUACCCUCCUGUGAUGAAUCAGCUGUCAUUGCCAGUGGACCCAGAAAGGUGGGGUGUUGACCCAUCUUACUCCAUGACCCACAGUGCUGAGGCCAUGGCCAAAAUAAAAGGCAUCGGACGAGGCAAAAAAUACAACCUGAUGGCUCAAGCGAUACCCAUAUAUGGCUUUGGGAUUUUUCUUUACAUCUUCUAUAUAAUAUAUAAGCUGACAUGUAAGGGGAAGACUACUAAAUCAGGAAACCACACUACAGUAACCAAAGCAAAUGUGGAGAGUAAGAUAAUAACUGAGUAUGAGUUUGCCAGGCUUCAGGAGAGACUACUGCAAACAGAAAAGAUGAUGGAGAGGAUUGUCUCUGCGAAGAGUCGUGGUUCUGGGAGUGGCAGAAGGAGGAAGAGUAAAACUACAACAUCAAAGAAGGAGGAGAAAUUACUCAGGCAACUUAGACAGAUCACACAGCUGAUGCAGGAGAGCCGGUUGGAGGGAGCCUCCCCAGAGAUGGAGGCUGAGGAGGUCCCCUACAGUGCAGACUGGGAAGGUUACCCAGAGGAGACCUACCCAGUGUAUGAUGAGUCCUAUGACAGACCUAGAUUUGACUCUAUUAUACUGGAGGUACCUCUUAACCAGCCCACUGCUGAGGCCCUGGCAGAGAGGAUGGAGCAAGAGGAGGAGGAGAUCAUGGCAAGGAAACUAUCCAUAGUGCAAGAGGAGGAAGAAGAGGAAGAGGAGGAGGCAGGGGACAGAGGGGAAGAGGAGGAUAAAGAGAGAAGUAGAGAAGUAGAGGAAGUAGAGGGAGGACAGGAGGAGGAGGAGGAGGAGGAGGAGGAGGAGGAGGAGGAGGAGGAAGCAGAGAAAAGGCUCUUACUCAGCCUUCCUUUAUCCCAGCCUGCCGUGGAAAGAAAGCAGGAGAGACUUGGUUUAGAGGUGAGCAAAGAGCUACAGUGUCACAAUGGAGGGAAGAAGCAAAUAAGCUUUUGUGACCACAGAGAUGUGUUCCACUACCCUAAAGAGGAUACUUGUGAAGAGGAGGGAGACGAGAAGGAAGACGAGGUGGAGGAAGACGAUGAGGGGACAGAGGCAGAAGAGGAGGAUGAAGGUGAUGAAGAUGAUCCAGUGAUGGAGGCAGAGAGCCUGCAGUUCAGUUGUGAGGGUUGUCCCAACCCAGAGGAAGAAGCAGAGGAGGGUGACGAAGAGCAUUUGUCAAUGUCAGUACCAGCAGGGGGUGACGGUCGUAUCGUGACUAAAGAAGUCGGGGUAAGUGGGCUGAGGAUGCGGAACAGGAGGGAGACGUAAAGGACUUUUCCAAUUACCUAAAAUGAGUUGUUAACCAUACAGUGAACUCAGUGUUCCUCAAAUUGUGCAUUGUUUAUUACUGAUCCCUUAUAUGUGUAAAACAGAACUCAAGCUAAACUGAAACAUGCAAAGCUGCUCUGAAGGGAUACUUUUAUACAAAUAAUAAUAGGACUCCUUUUACAACAUCAAUGUGGUAAAAGCCUCUUAUGCGUGUAUUUACAAAAUCAGCAUUGAAGCAGUAACAAUUGUAUUUUUGCAUUCAGAGCACAUACCAUAUCUCCUUUUUCUGGUAUAACAAAUUUGGAAUAUUAACUUUUUUCACACUAAUUACAGGCUGUUGCAGGCCCUGCACAAUCAUAGUUCACCCGCACAGGUGUUUUCACUAAAUCACCUCUUUUUAGGCCAGGUGAAAUGUGUACAAAAGGUGCUUGAUUGACAUAUCACCAUCUCCCUCUUUUUACACCUGUUAAAGCGGGAUAAUACUUACACUUAAUCAUUCUUAUUGGUGUGUGUGUGUGUGAAUGGUGACCUCACAUAAUUCCCUGCAUAGGUCCAAUCAGUUAGGUUAAUUAGAAACACCUGUGUGGGCGUGCGGAGCCUUUAAAACCAUUUAAAGAAGUGAAGAGUAUUGAUGAAGUUACUGACUGAUUAUUAGCUUUUUGUUGUGAGAACAGUCAACAGUCAAAUCAAGUAAUUUUGUAAUUUUUGUUUUUAUCAUUAGAUUACUUUUAUAUGAUGUUAUUACUUUUGAAUCAGAAAAUGUGUCCAUGUUUGACAGAAGCCAUGGGUGCUCGUGGUAGGAGAAUUGAAUUGAGAAUAGAAUUGAGGCUUUGCUGCAAAUGAAAUGAGUGCAGUGCCUGACAAUAUCAUGCAAUAUCUGGCACCACCAGGUGGUCCAGUGUGGUUCUGCUCCUGGGGAUGCUCCCUGUCGCGGUAAUGCAGCACACCAGAUUAUAAUACACAGCAACACGAUAAAUAACAUCCAGAGAACAUUGUAAAUAAACCCACAGCAAGAAUUAUCAUAGAAAUAACAACUGUCUAGUGUACACACAAACAAAGUAGAAGCAUAGCAGGUGGAGGCUGCGCUGGAGGAGGCUUUUGCAAAUUGAUAGCAGCAGUAAAUAGCAGCAAAGCUCCUGUCAAUACACAGAGUGUUGUGAGCAUGGGUAUUUAUAAAUACAAAUCAGUGCAGGAACAUGGGAGGGAUGUGGUAAGAUAGAUCUCAGCUGUCACAGCAGCACAACUUCAACUUCAGGUGCCCUGCCAACAUGAAGUCAUUAGCUGUUUCUCACAUUGCUGCCUCUAGUGAUUGAUGUGAUGAAGUUACACAUUAUUAAACGCUGUAAGGAAAUCCAUCUUCUGCACUUUUAACUGUGUAGGAGCAGCAAAACUGCCACAGCACAGGGGGCAGUGUCUAACUUCAGUAGUGAGGCAACUGUGUGCUAAGGUCAAAGGAAAUGAAGUGUUUCAAUAUUACUGGAACGAAACGUUACACUUGUCAUUUAUCAGACAAAUUUAAUGACAACAGUCUCGAUCUUUCAAUAGAAUUCUGUUUAAAGAUUGAGGUUGUUAAAUCAACAUAGAGCACAAGAGCCAUGCAUCAGUUUGCUGUGUUUCUCUACAAGACAGAGUACAGGAAAACACUUUACUUCACUGAAACAGUUUGGCAGCCCCAUUAGCACACAUCUUUCUCAACAACCUCUAGUGUUCUUGCAGCUGACGUCAAACAUGCCCCUUUGACCAGAAUACCAGUUUUGUGAUGACACUGUGGACAUUUUGAUUUGUCAUAAACCGGUGUAACUAAUAAUAACAAUGGCUGCAAACCAUUCCAGAGCAUGUUAGUCUACAGCUAAAUCUCAGUCUCAGAGGAAUAGAGAUACUUAUUGAUGAGUGGGUGUAAUGAUCAAGCAGCAAUCCCCAUGGUGUGUUUUCAAUGCAUUAUCAUCUCAGACAUCUCUGUAAUGUUGGAACUGUGUAGUACCAAACAAUGGACCCUGUUUGUACAUCACACUGCCACUCCUGAAGAAUUUGUAGGCAAGGUUGUAGGUAAGCCAAGUAUUACAUUUUAGUAGCCAAGCAACCUUUUUUUUGUUCACACUGCCUCACAUAAUAAAGACAGCAUUGCUUGCCAACUUCAAAUGAAGCAUUUAUGUGUAGAUUUUAUGUUGUUAUACCUUCAUGUGGCAAUAGAUUUCAGCAUUAGGAAGUGCAAGUGUAGCUCAGAUCAAGGUGACUAAUACCAAUUUUCUGGAACUGGACUUGAUUAGUGAAAAGAGAAUGUAUGUUCACUGGGACCUUGUUUUGAAAGAGGAGUAAAUUGUAAAAGACAGCAUUAAAUUAAUAAACAUGUCAUUCAAAAGAGUA